AUGGCGUCUCUCCAGCUUCCUGUCGGUUUUCCGCACGCGUCGCUGCCUCGUGCGGCCGCCGAUCAACAACUGCGACACACGGAACUGCCGACUGGCCUCCCCUCGGGUGUAUUGACACCCCAGAGGAGAGCCACGCUGCCUGUUUCGCGAGAAGGCAGCGAGCAGCGGUCGGGCGCCACUUUCGUUUAUCCGUCUUCAGGACCUCAGCCGCAAGCGCUCUCGUCUUCCUUUCCUUCCUCCUCUCCGCCGUUCCCCUUUGUUUUCCUCACCUCUUCCGACGCGCAACCCGGUCUCCCCCCAGAGCGGAACUCGACUGCGGCCCCGCCUCCCCCGGCUGCUGCCUUUCCGGCGGCUCCUGGUUCUCUGGCUUCCACACAGUCUCAGCCAGGGCCGGGGAAUGCCGCGUACCUGACAUCUGCGCUCUCGGGUUUGUCUUCGCUGCCGCCCGGUGCGGUCCCGACUGUCUCUGCACCUGCCUUCCCGUAUGUCGUGUGCCCCGACGGCGCUCGGGCGCCGAGUUUGUCUCGGGUAGUUCCCAUCAUUUUGACGAGUCCGUUGCGCAGGAAGAAACGGACACAGUCGACGGGUCGCCGGAAAUCCUUACACGAAGAGGAGGCCGCAUCCGUCUCCGCAUCGAAAAGUCGCACGCUUUCCCUCUCCACUGGCCGAGCCAGAGGCGGACUGGCGUACGUGGUCUCUCGGGGCCACCGCGAGCGGGCGGCGUCUGCCGGCCCCGCCAGUGGCUCUCUAGGCGAGAACGGGGCAGAUUCCUCUCCGGCUCGGCAGCCUGUCAGAGAAUUCACGUCCCGCCUCCCUUCCGACCGCUCCUCGCAUACAGCCACUUCGCUCGACAGAUCCAGCAGCAGGCAGCCUCCCUCCUUGUUUUUCGUCUCGCCUUCUGCGGUUACAGCGGAGGCAAGACCCGGCAGAGCGGCCGAAGGCGGGGAAACCUGUGCCCGUGCAGAGCACACGGAGACAGAAAGAAAUCCGACGUUUCUCUCGAGCCCCUUUCACCGCUCGCUCCCGUCAUCACGAAACGGUCCCUUUCGAGGUCCGGAGCAAAACCGAGGGGACAGUGCAACGGUGUCUUUCCCGGGCGUAUCUCCUUUUCAGCACCCCGAAAGGCCUCCCCACUCGCAUGCUGUGCCGCCGCCGCUCGCCGCUCCAGGUUUGCCUGCCUCUUCUCAUCUUUCGUCUUUGGGGUCUUCUGUCUCCGGCACUUCCGCUUCCCUCCCUCAUCUCCAGUCUCCGGAGACGGUCUUUCCAGCUGCGUGCUCGUUCUCGAGCGUCUUGGGGCGGAGCGAAGAACCCGCGGCGCCUGGCGGUUCGGCGUCGCUGCAUUCGUCUGUCUCCGGGUCUUGCCCUCUCGCCGCUGUUGCGACUCCUGCCUUUCCGUCGCAUCAGAACGUCCCUGCGUCUCCUCGCGCAUCUGCUCCCCUUUCGUCUUCCGGCAGUGUGGCGCUCGUCGUCGGCGAGAACCAGAGAAGCGACUUUGCCGAGAUUGCGCCCAACAGGUGGGUCUGGGGCGUGCGGCUAGGAGAGAGAGCGUGGGAGGCGUACAGACACCAGAUGGCCCUCACGUCGCACUUCGCCGUCACGAGCGACGAGGUCGCCCGUUCGCUGCUCCAGGGGAAAUACCCUGAAAGUUUGGAGUUGCUGACCUCGCGGCGGUCUUCGGCGAGGAGCGCAGAAGGUGGGGACGAGCCGCGGAAGCAGACUGGAGAUGGAGACGAGAGCGCAGGUCGGGAGCCGGCGACGGGCGCGCGGCGAGCGAGCGGCGCGAGAGGGCGUGAGGCGGGCAGCGAGGAAGCCACUGUCGACCGACCGAGGCGAGACCGGCGACGAAGGUCUUCUUCCGAAGAAGACAAGGCGCUCGAAGAUAAACUCCAAGAAAUCUCCGAUGAAGACUCCGUUCUCUCUGCUGGCCGACGCGCGACGCCUGUCUUCCCGAGACCCUCGUCUGUGUCGCCCAACGGAUCUGUGGACGACGACGCUUUUGACGAUGACCGCUUCCUGGACGCGGUGCUCAGCUCCUCGGACGAAGAAAGCAGCGAGAGACGAGAGGGAGAACAAGAGGCGCAAGGCGGAACUGAAGAACCAAACAAUCAGGCGGAAGAACGCAGGGACGAACCUGCAGGAGAGAGUGGCGCAUCUGUGGAGCACACACGCAACGCGACGGCGAGGAACCGUCACGAUGUUCACCUGACGAUGGCUCCUCAACUUGGAGCGCCCGUUCAACCGCCUCUCCGCGACGUGGUUGCGCGAACGCCGUUGUCUCUGGGGGCGCCCCACAAGGCCCGCAGUCGCCCCUCUGUGCAGCUGAGGCUCGACCGCGAGGCGAACGCCCCGCAUCGGUCGUCUCAAGAGAGAAGAACCCGUGAAGGGCAUCCAGGCCGUGUGGUUUUCUCGCGCCGUGGAGAGGAGGCGUCGUCCCCCUCGUCUUCUCAGCCCCCAGAUGCUUCUCCGCGCGCUGGUGUCCCUCGCCCUCCUUCGGAGGCGCCUCUACGCGAGCCUGCGUCCUGUCGGCGCCCCCCAGGGCCUCGCGAAGACGAACUCUCGCUGAGGAGACAUCUGUUUCCGUCGUCUCCACAGUCUCGCCGAUUUCAGGUGCCGCAUGCAGGUAUUGCCGAAAAAGGCUCUUCUCUCUCCGCUGGCUUUCCGCGUCCGCUGCCGCUUCUCGGCGGAGGGGCCCCGGUGUCUCUUCCGCACAUCACUGUCUCCUCGCCCGCCGCGCGUAGGCAGCUGCGGGCAGGAUCUGGGGGCACGUCUUCACCUCGUACGAGCGAAGAACGGAGAAGAGAGCAGGACGAGCGAGAAGUGCUUCUCUCAGGCCGCGUAGAAGACGUGGACAACUUGAGGGAAGGGGCGCAUUCAGAGGCGGGAAACGAGGAAGGCGGAAGACGAGAGGACGACGGGAGUAUCUCGCCAUCCGGGCAGACAGACCGGCCAUCUCGCGUUUCGUCGAGAACGUUGAAAGGUGGAGCUCUCUCCAACAAAGGGAAAAUGCAGACUUCCGCAACUGCUGACUUUUCCAAGGAGGCUAAACGGCGGCGGGCCAGCGACCCGGGGAGCCUCUCUGACGCGGGCUUCACCCCACACGGCCGCCUGUUGUCGCCUCGCGAGCGACGAAGGCGCAGAAGCGAGGGAAGUCUCGAAGGCAAGGGAGGGGCGAGGAACAAGGGAAGUCAUCCCCCUGAUCCGGCUCCGAACGGAGACAGAGACGGGCGAGGUCUCGGCGACGCGGAGAGGCUGCAGCCCUCUUCGCCUGCCUCUGCCAGCUCGCUGCAUGCGGGAACGCGGUCGGAGAGGGAGAAGAAGACAGUCGCCUUUGCCGGGGAGGAAGACGCGGAGAGGAGAGAAGAGGAACGGAGACAGGGGGAAGAAGAGGAACGGAGACAGAGAGAAGAGAGGAGACCCGAGAAGAGACAAGACGGCAGGCAAGAUGGGGGACCGGCCCGAGAAGACACGAUGUCUCUGGGACACACGCUCGCGGAACUGGCGCGUCAACACAGAGAGACAGAAGAUAGCGACGAGUUGCGAAGCGUCUCUAGCGGGACUUCUCUGGAAGAUUAUCUCGCUCGCAGAGACCCGUUCCGCGUCUCCACAGACAGUGAAACCAAAUGCAGAGGGGGCGAGCCCAUCCCGACCGUCCGCGAAUCACGAGUCAGUGAGUCUCCCCUCAAGCCUUCUUCGUUGGACUCUCAGGCGAAGCUGGGAGAAGACACUUUUUCGUCUCCACUUGAGUUUGACGAUUCGGGAGGUUGUCCUGGUGACUUUUUCGAUGUCGAGCCCGCGAACAGCGAGGCCGAGGAACGGCCGGAGGCCAGCGGGGCCCGGGAAGGUCUCGGAGGCGCGACUGAGAAAACGCUACGCUUUGCGUCUACGGAUCCUGCUGCCAAGGCCGCCGCGCUUGGAACGGAGGUCGGCUGCAGCCCCUCCCCGGAUCGCGCAGACGAGGCAGCGACUCCCGCGCGUCUCCAGCUCGCCCUUCCAGAUGCGUCUGCCUCAACACUUUCUCGGGGGACUUCCCUGACGCCUCUGGCGCUUUCGGCGACGCCGUCUCGCAGCCUGGCGGCUCCGCAUGCGCUGGCGGAUGGAGAGCAGGCGGCGGGGCCUUUGGUGUUGCCGCCGGCAGUUGGGUCGGUGCAACGCGGCAUUCAGACUUCGUUGCCUUCUUCUCCCGAGACGCGGGCCUCUCGGCGUGGACGGAGCGAGCAGGCGCGGCGUCUCGCUCGGUCGGUCUCUGCGCGUCUGCCGGUCGUCACGAUUGGAGCGCGUCUUGUCGAGGAGCCGAUCGCGGACGUUCAGGAGGUCCUCGAGGGGGAGGACGGGCCCUACGGGGAGUCUUCCUGGUCGCCGGAGCAUCGCGAGGCGGCGACCGGGGCCUUGGCGUCGCCUGCGCGAUCUGACACCGGCAGUAAACAGCGCAGGUAUCCCCUGCGGCAGCGGCUGCCUGCUCUGAAACCCUGGCUCGGGGAGUACGCGCGCUACGGGUACAAGGAUGGCGAGUGGGGUUUGAUUGGCGUCUCGAGGUGCGUCAACCAGGAUGCGUUGCGCACUGUCGCGCGGGAUGUGACGGUCGACGGAGUCCUCGGAGCCAUGGGGGGGAGGGAGGAGAAGAAGCGACAAGAGCUGCUCCGGAGCGGCCGGUUGCAGGAACUCGCCGUCGACGAAAGACAGCAGAUGCUCCGCCAUGGCCAACACUUCAAACUGGCCGAUUCGGGGGGCGAAGGUUCGGGGACCGAAGGCCCAGAAGGACGGGACCUGGCGUUGCGGGUGCUCGACGCGGGCGACAAGAAGAGGGGCCCGAAGGAGAGAAAGAGAAGGCGCGAGCUGAAGGGUGAGGAAGGGCGAGGCAAGCGAGAGAGGCGACGCAGAGCCGAGGACCAGGGAAAAGGCCGCGGAGGGGAUUCGGAAGAGAGAGAAGAAAGGGGUCGCAGACGAAGAAGUGGAGAGGCGGAAGGGAGACGAAGAAGCAGCGACUCAGCACGCGAAAGACGCGGAGACGUAGAGGAGAUGGGAGACAACACCCGGGACAAGGCCAGAGAGAAAAGGAGCGACAACAAACAGGAGAAGAGACACUCCAAGGGCCGAUCGGAAGGGGGGUCACCAAGUGACGAGGAGAGAGAGAUCGACAAAAACCGGAAAGGAAGACGCUCCGGUGAAGAAGAGGGACCAGGCGGGGAAGAUAACACACACGCGUCGGACCUUACCAGCACAACCUAUGAAGAGGGACAAGACGGAACACGAAGACUCUUCACCUACAAGGCUGUUACCCUCCCCACUGAGUGGUUUUGGAUGAACGCAAACGCCGAAGGAACGCUGCAGACUGCCCUUCUAAGUCGCUGCGGAACGAGCAGCCAUACGCUCCUCCUUCGUCUUGCGCCAGGAGAGACGAAACCGCCUAUCGACAGCGGCGAUUUUGUUCAUUACGGCGUGGUCACUUCGGGGACUGGUCUUCGCGUCACAAUCGGAGAGAAAGAAGCCGUGCUGGACGCAGAGAGCGUUUUUUUCAUUCCGCACCACACUGUGUGGAGCCUAUUUAACAGAAACAGCGAGGACGUCGACGUUUACCUCACUUUCUGGAAAGUGCAGAAGGUGAAGAAGGCAGUUUCCGUUCCCCACUCGCAAAUGAGAGGCACGACCUCCUCUUUGGAAGCUUUUUUUGGGACGCUCGGAGACCACGGCAUUCGUACCCGUCUCUUCGGGCCAUCUUGUCAAUAA